CCAACCCUGAAAACCAUUGGCCAGAUAAUCCACAAACAAACUUCGACUAACGAACCAGUAGUGGCUUCUGCUCGCAUAGUGGCUACCGACCAUCGACCGAAAAACACAUAGUUUUCCUAUCCAUUAAGACAACCAGGAGCCCGCAUCAUUCAUCCCGGAGUGGACCUUGACCCGAUUCCAUCCACGCUGGCUGCUCUCUGUGCGUUGAGUGACGAUUGUAGUUCAGCUCUAACAGCAGCAACCAUAACCCUACCAUCAUCGUUUCAAGGGCUGCAAGAGGCAGCCUAGAGAUAGAUUUUUUUCUGCCACAAUCAAUCGGGGAAAAAAUAUUGUGUAGUGUAACGGAAAUCCAACUGCAAGAAAAAAAUAGUAGAAACAGAUCAGUACUGAUCAAACCGUAGUGCCAAUAGGAAUAUACGUGGAGGAAAGUGAUAUCCCGAAGGUCUCAUCCGGAUCGUAUUGCGAGGAAAAAAAAAUCUAGUGCUGGAUGCUGCCGGAAAAAUAUAGAGCCGUGUGGGAAAACGUGUUUUGUGUUGCGCAGAUUUCCGAGAAAAAAAGUGCUGUUGUGAUCUGAAAGGAAAAAUUAAUAGGCAAACUUUGUCUGCUCUUGUUCGAAUGUCUAUGUGAGUGUGCUUUUGUGUGCGAGGGAAAGUGGGUGGUUUUCCACCGCCGUGGGUUAGUUAGAUCUAGAUUCAUCGUGUCAGGCAUCGUGCAUAAGGUGCAAAUGGGAUAGAGAGAGUGUCGUCUGCAUUCAGGGAAAACGGGCGCACCAUUCGUCGGGCGAGAUGAGUUUUUUCUAAUCUCUGCCAGUGAUUGAUGAAAUGAUUCGAUAUGUGGACCUACAUGAUGGCAGCGGCCCGAGGUGACCGGGCAAUGUCAUCCAUAUCGCAGCGUCAUCAGAGCAGUCGGAAUGAUUUCGAUUCACCAAGUAUCUACCACUUCAACCGCGUGCAGCGUCCCCUGUACAACACAACGCACCGCGCUCCGGCCCUCUGCAAUGGGCCCUCGACGAUCAGUACGACUCCCUUCGGGAGCAACACCAUCUACCAGAACUUUAACCCGUCGACGGCGGGCAGCUUUAGCAGUGUGGCCACCACCCCAAGUCUCUCGACGACGACAACCCCGGCACCGGUUUCCGGACCGGGUGGAUCAGCUUCGACACCAACCGCCCAACAACCUGCGCUGGCUUUUACGACACGGAACCGCAUCGAGGUAGCCUCCGAGCAGGGUUCGAUGCCGAACAGUAACAGCAAAAACAGCAAGAACAACCACCUGAGCCAGCCUGUGAUAGAGUGCGAGCGGGACGACUUUCUGGAAUCCUCCGGAGGACGAAGCUCGCUGCGGCGAUGGCUGAAUGCGUUCCGGCACAGACUCAGCAAAAGGGGCCGAUCGAAACCGCCCGACCAGUUUCUGGAUAAGUUCUCGUCGACCACCGCCUCCGAGACGCGGUUACAUCAGACUGCGGUGGCUCAGGCCCUUCCCUCGGACGGGACCUGUAGUCGGCUGUCGGUCGAUCCGUCCCUGCCCUCGCAUUACCGGUGGCUGUCGGUGGUAUCGUUGGCAGUGCUGUACAAUAUAGUGUUUGUGAUAGGACGUGCCGUGUUCUGGGAAAUCAACCGCCAGGCGCCGGCACUCUGGUGGACCUUAGACUAUCUAUGUGAUUUUAUAUACUUAGCCGACACGUUAGUGCAUUGUCAUGAGGGGUACCUGGAGCAGGGUUUGCUGGUACGCGACGCGUCCAAGCUGCGGAGGCACUACUUCUCGAAGCAGCGCUGGUGGCUGGACGUGGUCUCGAUGCUGCCAACGGACCUGGCCUACAUCUGGUGGGCGCCGAGUUCCUGUGCAGCCACUCGGCUGCCCUGUCCAAUAAUAGUUAGAAUUAAUAGGUUACUGCGUCUUCCAAGAAUGUGGGAAUGGUUCGACCGGACAGAGACGGCCACCGGUUACCCGAACGCGUUUAGGAUAUGUAAGGUCGUUUUAGCUAUCUUAGUACUAAUACAUUGGAAUGCGUGUCUUUACUUCGCAAUAAGCUACGCGCUUGGUUUCAGCACCGACAACUGGGUGUACAACAUCAAUGGAGCAAAGAAUCUGACGCUGUCCCGGCAGUACAUCUACAGCUUCUACUGGUCAACGUUGACGUUGACGACAAUCGGGGAGACGCCGACGCCCGAAAACGACGCCGAAUAUCUGUUUGUCGUGGCGGACUUCCUGGCCGGGGUGCUGAUAUUUGCUACCAUUGUCGGUAACAUCGGUUCCAUGAUCUCGAAUAUGAACGUCACCCGCGUGGAGUUCCAAAAUCGAAUGGAUGGCGUCAAGCAAUAUAUGGCUUUCCGAAAAGUCGGUGGCGAGCUGGAAGCGAGGGUCAUUCGGUGGUUUGCCUACACGUGGGCCCAAAGUGGCGCUCUGGAUGAGGAACGAGUUCUUGCCGCGCUGCCGGACAAACUGAAAGCCGAAAUCGCCAUCCGGGUGCACAUGGACACGCUGAAGCAGGUUCGAAUCUUCCAGGACUGUGAACCGGGCUUGCUGGAAGCGCUGGUGCUGAAGCUGAAAUUACAGGUCUUCAGUCCCGGAGACUACAUCUGUCGAAAGGGUGACGUGGGGAAGGAGAUGUACAUUGUGAAACGGGGCAGCUUGUCGGUGGUGGGAGACGAUGGCCUAACGGUACUGGCGACGCUCGGUGCCGGAUCGGUGUUCGGCGAGGUAUCGGUGCUGGAAAUUGCCGGUAAUCGAACCGGAAAUCGACGAACGGCGAACGUGCGGUCAAUUGGUUACUCGGAUCUGUUCUGUUUGGCGAAACGUGACUUGUGGGAAACUUUGGCCGACUAUCCGGAAGCGCGGGCGUCACUAACGGAACGUGGAUGUCAAUUAUUGCGUAAGGAUGGACUGCUGGACGAAGCCGUUUUUGCCAGCGCCCAGCACCAGCAGGACACUCUGGAGAGUGGGGUGGCCAAACUGGAACAGACGGUAGAGAAUCUGAACCUCCGGUUGGCACGACUUCUGGCGGAGUACUCGGCCAGCCAGGCGAAGCUAAAACAGCGGAUCUCCAAGCUGGAGGAAAGGUCCAUCACAUCGCCAAAACGCCGCACCAAUAACCACAGUUCUCCCCCUGGUGGCGGUGGCCUUCCCUCGACGACGACAGCAUCCGGGAAUAAUGGCAUAACCAAUCGUGUCCAACAGUCGCGAUCAGCAUCGGCCCAGAAUCGGCGCAAAUCGGCAGCAGCGACAACGACGACGACGACAACGAUGAUGAUGGGAGAAGAAUCCGGCUCCCCGAAGCCACCUUCGUUCAACAACGGCAAUAGCAACAGCAGUAAGCAGAAUACGUUAUGAAUAUGCAGCGUUCUCCGCCAUUCUUCCACUCCGAGCUGGUCGUCGCAUUCGUGGUGGCUUCUUGGCGUGUUUCGGUCGUGCCCUUGCAUAUCCGGGUGCUGCUGGACUUUUUUCUUGCAACAACCGGUCCAUCUAGCAGGGUAAUGGUCCGAGGGGCUGGACGUGACUAUGACGACAUUCAUUUCGUUUCUGCUCUCCGGGAGGACACCAGAUGCCAUCUCGGAAGAAGCCCAUCAACGUCGUCAUCAUCGACUUUCCGGUUGACGUCGCUACGGAUUGGCGGCGUGUUCAUGGUAAAAUGGUCCAUCAU